AUGCCCCUUGCAGUCUACUUUCCCUCUCUGCUCCAUCUUACAAUCGAAGACACGGAUUUUGAUUAUGACAAGCUGGAGGCUUUGAAGAACUGCCUGGUGGAACGUUACGAGAGGAAGGCCGAAGUGCGCGAGCUGACGCUUUCUCGAUGUCGUCGCCUGACGACAGAGCUUGUUGACGAACUUAGAGAAAUCGUUGCCGAUGUGAUUUGGGAUGGUGGGACUACCACGGGCUGGGGAUUGACAUUAAAAUCGCUGGCAGAGGUGUGCGAUUUAAAGGUGUUGAUUGCUUCUGUUAUGAUCCUUGCACAAUUACAUCUUGCAAAAAGAUCGCUCACGCUUGUUAGCGCUGAGCUUGAGGCUGCGGCGAGGCAUAGAGUACUAAACUGUGAUUCAAAAUAUCAAGUGCAAUUCCAGAUUGUAAAACGUUCAGCGCUCGGCCUGAAUCAACUCUUUAAAACUAUUCUAACCUUGGAACCUUCAGAACUUGAAAUCGAUUUCCCAGCUGGCGCAAUCUACAUCCGAAAUCGACCCGAGUCUUUUUUUCCAAUCCCCGAGCCCCCUCUGGAGUGUGCAAUUCAAAACAUCAAGUGCGAUUCCAAAUUGUUCAAAACGUUCAGCGCUCAGCCUGAAUCGACUCUCCGAAACUAUUCUAACCAUAGACCAGUACAGCGCUUCAGCAAGGAUAGCUGUGGUCAUCCAAAUCAAUUCCGCCAUACGAGCGAAUGA